AUUUAAUAUAACUUAUGUCAGUGAAUUGUAUCAUGCAAAUCUUAUUUUCGAAGCCAAUAAGAUCCUGGCUAUAUGUACAAACUCUGAACUCGUUCUCACCUUUGUAAUUUCUAUUGCUGUUCACGUAUAUUACGACUUUGUAUAUUAUAACAUGUGCUAAUGGACAAUAUGAAAUUGAAAUUGAAAUUGACACCGACAUCGACACGACCUUCGACAUUUGGGGGGAUAUCUGGAGAUAUAAGCUAAACAAAUAUUGAUUACAGAAUAAAUUAAUACCUAUACAGGUUUUGACGUUUGCAAACGGGGUGAACAUGCAUGAUAGCAUAGGGAUAUGGCACAAAAUCGGAUUCCAUAAUGCGAGCGUGUAUGCGUGCGCGUGUGUUACAUAUGCAUCUAAUGCAUACGAUUCAUAAGUACUCUGGGUUCGAGCUCUGUGUCUCAGUGUAUGAGAGGGAGAUGUCUAUUCUCAAGAACAUUGUGCUAUCCAGUUCCUGCAGACAAUCUAACAUUAGAGACAUAAGCUAAUAGAUACGAAAUUUGUUUUAUAUAAUAAGAUACUGUGCGUUCCAUUGAAACGAAAUAGCCUAAAAUUAACAAGGAUUUGUUUUACAAAGUUUUUUGAAAAAAAAUUACUCAUGCCCACAAGUACAUGUUGAUCGUAAAAGUAAUGCAUGUGCUGCUCUGUGUAUUUUUGUUCUGCUAAAGUUAAAGAUUAUAAAACUACUACAAAAACUGGUCCAAUCCUCGAGCUCUGUUUGCUCUAAAGUUACAGAAUAUAAAAUACCAAACAAUGUGAAUGGCUGUAAAAUCUUGGCAUACCCCUUGUUAAAAGGGGGCAGCCGUUUAUUAUAAACAGAAACUUUUUACAUAUAUAUCAUAUAUUUUAGAAUUAAAAACGUAAUAUUUUAGCAAAGGUGAGCGAGAACUAUGCCUUUAAAAAUAUAGAUAACUAACCCCUCUCUUUAUGGGUCAUCAAGCACUUCAGGAUAAAUCUUUAAAAAGGAAACCUGCGCCCGGCAGAUUGGCAAAAUGACCAGAAGGGAAGCACCGGGACUCCGAAUUCAACUUUAAUAGACAAGUACACGUCAAGUAACAAAGUCUUAUCAAAAUGAAUAAAAAUAACAAUACUAACAAUAUACUAAACAAAGCACAAAAAGAAAAGCUAGAAAUAAAGAUCCACACAUAAAAGGAGGAAUGCAUGGGUGGUUGGAGGGAAGUCCUUUUUCAAAUAAUUCUAAUACUGAAUUCUAGUACAUUAUAACAAAAUUGCCUACACUUAUUAAGAAACUUUCCAAGAUGGCGUCAUAAACUUCCAAGGAUGGAUUCUAUAGUGAGGAUAACCUUAGUGUUGCAUGGGGCUGGACUGAGCCCUUGACCAAUGAAAGUUAUGUAUUUAGCAUGGGGGUCACUGAGGCCCCACAGUGACUCCAACGACCCUUGACCAAUGGGAAGACACUAAUUAGCAUAUUAUAAUUACAUGCAUAUUAACUCAAUGUGUGAAUCUUUAUUGUACAAAAAUAUGUCUAUAAAUAGACAUUUGUUACACGUGUUUCGGGACUACAAUGGUCAGAAUAGGACACAGUCUACAAAGGUAUCUAAUUGUAAUGUACAGGGUGUCCCAAAAAACAUGUCCCGACUUUGACAGGUAAUAACUUUUGCAAUACUAAACUUUUUUUGAAAAUUCAAAAUGCUUUGGAAAGCAGGAGUAUCCUAAUUUAACUUAAUUGGGAACACAUGUACUGAUUAUAUCAUCAGUACGUGUGAUGACGUCAUAAUAGAAAUGAUGACGUCAUCGAUGAUGUCACAAUUCAGUGACUUUCCAGCAACAUGAAGAUUCAGGCUGAAAUUAUUGAACUCUACUAUGCGACCGGAAAAUCCCCUACUUUAGUGAAUGAAAUGUUACGAAAACGUCACCCAGGUAUGCAGUCCAUCUCCAGGAAGCAGAUUUACAGAAUUGUAUCAAAAUUUGAAGCUCAUGGAUGUGUCACCGAUCGCAGGAAAGGAAGCAGUGGUAGACGGAGGAGCGCUAGGUGCGACGAGAACAUCAGUCAAGUGAAGACCAUCAUAGAGGAAACACCAGAGAGGUCCAUCAGAAAGGUACUGUCUGACAUGAACCAACAUCCAAGUAAAUCAUCAGUGCAAAGGAUUCUGAAAUUCGAUCUCAAAUUGACACCAUACAAAAUAUCUGUAAUGCAACACCUGAAAGAAAGUGAUAUUGCGUCGAGAUUAACAUUCACGAACUGGGUGCUGGAACACGACGACAUUUUGGACAGUGUGUGGUUCUCAGACGAGGCUCACUUCACAUUGAGUGCCCAAGUGAACAAGCAGAACAUGAGGUUUUGGGGGACAUCCAAACCAGACUUUUAUGAAGAAAAACCUCUGCAUAGUGACAAUGUAACUGUAUGGGCAGCUUUAAGCAGACAUGGGAUCAUUGGACCCUUUUUCUAUGAGUCGGUAGACGAAACGGCUACUGUGACGUCAGAUCGAUACCUUCAAAUCCUCAGCAAGAGGUUCAUACCAGCACUGAGGAGAAAAGGACAUGAACUAAAUGGUGUGUGGUAUCAGCAAGAUGGGGCGGCACCCCACACAGCAAAUCGAGUGUUGACCUGACUAGCAGACACUUUUGGCAAUAGGCUGAUAUCGUUGCGUACUGACAUUGAGUGGCCACCUCAUUCUCCAGACCUGAACCCGUUAGAUUUUUACCUUUGGGGCUACCUCAAGGACCGCGUUUACACUCCUCCUCCAUCUAAUCUCCAAGAACUCAAAACUGCCAUCAACAGGGAAAUCAGGAACAUCCGGCCAGACACAUGCAGGGAGGUGGUGAGGAAUUUCAGGGACAGAAUUCAGCAUGUCAUCGAAAAGAAGGGCGGACACCUCGAACACAUUCUUUGACUGACAUUAUCAAUUUUCUGAACAAAUCGCAAAAUUAGCGAAAUGUCACUUUCUCGUGAAUUUCAAUAUAAGUACUAACAAAAAGAUAUUUUGUAGGGUUGUUAUAUAUAGAGGGUAUCUAACAGUGUCUUCAGUAAUACCAAAUAUAUUUCACGAGUGCG